AUAUAUUUAUGAGCUCUCCAGAAGAUAUCCUAAAGCACUAGUUGUUGUAAUCCUCCAUGGAACUCAAAACUAUGACAAAAUCCUGGAAACUUGCUGUGCAGCAACUGAUAAAGAUGCUUGUAUCAAUGAAAAGGCAACAGAAGCCACAAAGAAAUUCAGAGAAAUAAUUGAGGAUCAGGAAUAUACUUGUUUUAAUCUGAAGCAUUAUGGAAAAGAUGAUUUGCGUGCAUUGAAAUUUAUUGAGACCCAUGAGAAGUUCAUAAAUGCUAAUCAGGAAACUCUAUCCCAUAUUGUUGGCCAUGUUGUGCACAUCUAUGAAGAAAUCUGUAAAGGGGAUUCCCUGGAGGCUUUACUUGACAGAGCAGACCUGUCAAAAUAUGUCUGUGAGCACAAAGAUGCUAUAUCUUCUAACGUUGGUGCUUGCUGUGAAAAGCCUCUGGUGGAAAGGCCAAACUGCCUUGCUGCUUUGGAAAAUGAUGCAAGAUCUCCGGAUCUUCCCCCACCAUCUGGAGAAAUCUUAAAAGAGGCAGAAGCAUGUAAAUUGUUGGCUGAACAAGGAGAUGGACACUGGGAAAGCUUCCUCUUUACAUUAACAAGAAACCAUCCUGAACUUUCUAAACUGAUUGAUGUGGAAAUUUUGCAUAAAUAUAAAUCAUUGGCGACCAAAUGCUGCGUACUAGAAGACAAAGUACAGUGUUUGCAUGCAGGGGAAGAACAGCUCAAAUUAUAUAUUACUAAGAUUACUGAAGUUGUGAAGAAUAAUUGCAAUAAUUAUAAAGAAAUAGGAGCCUACUUCUUCCAAAAUGAACAGAUAAAGUGAUAGGAUCUGUAUGUAGAUAUCAUGAUGAACAUUUCACAAACAAACAAGUUGGCGACUGCUGUGAUUCCUCCUUUAUCAGCCGUUGGGAAUGUAUCAGUAACUUAGGACCAGAUCCAUCCUAUAAUCCUCCUCCAUUCAAACCUAAAGCACUGGAAGCCCCUGAGAAAUUGUGCUCACCUAAUGAAGCGACUGUACAGGAAAGUAAGCAAGG